AUGUGUCGUCAGGGUUCGAGAUGUGACGUUACUCUUGCCGUUGUUUUGCCGUCAAUGGUCGUUGACAACGACAACGACGACCUCAAAACGACUAGAGACGGAAUCGAACGUCAAGGAGCUGAGGCGAAGAAGGGAGACAAAGACGGCAAGACGGCAUUACACUUUGCUGCUCAGGAGGGUCAUAUUGAUGUAACCAAAUAUCUCAUCAAUCAAGGUGCUGAGGUGAAUAAGGGAGACAAAGACGGCAAGACGGCAUUACACGGUGCUGCUUUCGAUGGAGCUGAGGUGAAUAAGGGAGAUAACACAGGUAGGACUGCAUUGCGCACUGCUGCUUCCAAUGGUCAUCAUGAUGUGACCAAAUAUCUCAUCAAUCAAGGAGCUGAGGUGAAUACGGGAGAUAAUGAGGUCAAGGAGCCAAGUCAAGGAGCUAAAGUGAAUAUGGGUGAUAAUGAGGGUGUGACUGCAUUACACAUUGCUGCUCAGGAGGGUCAUAUUGAUGUCACCGAAUACUUGAUCAUUCAAGGAGCUGAGGUGAAUAAGGGAGAUAACAGAGCUAAAGUGAAUAUGGGUGAUAAUGAGGGUGUGACUGUAUUACACAUUGCUGCUCAGGAGGGUCAUCUUGAUGUCAUCAAAUAUCUAAUCAGUCAAGGAGCCGAAGUGAAUAGGGUGCUGAGUGCUGCUUUUAAUGGUCAUCUGGAUGUGACCAAAUAUCUCAUCAAUGAAGGAGCUGAGGUGAAUAUAGGAGAUAAUGAGAGUGUGACUGCAUUAGAAGUUGCUGCUCAGGAGGGUCAUAUUGAUGUCACCAAAUAUCUCAUCAAUCAAGGUGCUGAGGUGAAUAAGGGAGACAAAGACGGCAAGACGGCAUUACACGGUGCUGCUUUCGAUGCUGAGGCGAAGAAGGGAGACAAAGACGGCAAGACGGCAUUACACUUUGCUGCUCAGGAGGGUCAUAUUGAUGUAACCAAAUAUCUCAUCAAUCAAGGUGCUGAGGUGAAUAAGGGAGACAAAGACGGCAAGACGGCAUUACACGGUGCUGCUUUCGAUGGUUGGACUGCAUUACAAAGUGCUGCAAUCAAGGGUCAUCUUAAUGUCAUCGAAUAUCUGAUCAGUCAAGGAGCUGAUGAGCUGAGUGCUGCUCAGAAUGUUCAUCUUGAGGUCACCAAUUAUCUCAUCAGUCAAGGAGCUGAAGUGAAUAUAGGAUAUAAUGACGGUUCGACUGCAUUACACAGUGCUGCUCAAUAUGGUCAUCUUCAAGUCACCAAAUAUCUCAUCAGUGAAGGAGCUGAGACGAAAAAGGGAGAUAAUGACGGGAAGACUGCUUUACACCUUGCUGCUCAGGGGGUCAAGGAGCUGAGGUGA